CCCCUACGCGAUUCGCCUUCGCCUUCCGGUGGUUGCCCCGGUGCCCAGGCUCGAGGACAUGCGAACCCGGCUGGCUUCGCUGAUCGUCGUGAAACAGGAGCCACUGUCGGCCACAUCACCACCACCACCCCAACCACAGCUUCUGCCUCCAGCACAUCCCCUGUCCGGUUCCUCCUACUCCUCGUCCUCUUCGUCCUAUUCGUCGUCCGGCAGCUCAUCGACUUCGUCGUCGCCCCCAUCCAGCUUAUUCCGGUCGUCGCUCGUGGUCGCGGAUGGGCACUGCGACGGGUUGCAGUGCUAUGGCAGCUUCGGUCCCGUUGCCGGCACGAUCGAAGUGAAGCACAGCAGCAGACCGACGGACGGGUUGCCGCAGUACUACUGCGAACGCAAUGGUCACGGUUACGGUCCGCACCCGAACGGGUCCGGUGGCGAUCUGAACAACAAUGAUCCAACCAGCGAGGAGUUUGAAUAUUUUGACGAGAAAAAGUGUGCUCCCCAUUUGCUAUCGCGAGUGGCAACCUCACCGGUCCCAUCGGCGGUCCCAUCCGCAGAUCCAUCGUCAGUAUCGCAGCCAGCGAGUCUGACGACCGAACGGAGUUCCCUGACGCCAGGUCGCAGCGGUUCCGGUACAGCUUCCGGUGCCAGUGACCAUCCGAACGACAACCUGCGCAAAGUAGCAGCAGCGACAGCAGCAGCAGCCGCGGACAGUAGUAGCAGCUCAGCGACAAGCAUGUUACUGCUGCAGCCACAGGCGUCAUCUUUUAGUUCCGUUUCUUCAUUUGAUUAUUUACUGUCACAAUCGCAGAGUCAUCAUCCGGAGCAGACAUUUCAUCAUUCGCAUCUGCCACAGGAGCAGCAGCAGCAGCAGCAACAGCAGCAACAGCACCAGCAGCACCAGCAACAUCAUCCACAUCCCCAUCAGUCGACGUUAGGACAUUCCCAACAGCAUCUACACGAUCAGCAGGCACAUCACCAUCACCAUCAUCAGCAUCAUCAGCUUUCGUCCGGGCUCGACAAGUUUGUAGAGCUGUUCAGCUCAACCCAGCCACAUACACCGGCCGAAUCGAUCACCACCGAAUCGUACCUAGCGGACCAGACGCAACAUUCUAACAGCUCCAGCGAUACGCUCGUCGGGCUCGAGGACAAUCCGUCCACGUUCGGCGGUUCCAGCGACAGUAUUCCGUCGGCGUUGCUCAAGUCAGCGUACAAGGAGGAACUGCCCAGCCCGUUCAGUGCUGGACCUUCAACCCGUGCGCCCACCACCGAGCCCCCCGAUACGGAUCUUCUGUUUGAGUCGUCCUCCACCGAAGAGCUUGGACUGCUAACGCUUCGCUCCAGCAGUGAUCCAGUGUUAGCGAGCAGUGCCCGGCUACCGCAGGCAAUCGUACACGCACAGACGGCAGCUCAAUCCGCUGUGAGACCCAGCACGUCCGCAGCCGGUCCAAGCGGUGUGGAUUCGGCAGCAGCAGUAGCAGCAGCAGCGGCGGCGGCGGCAGCAGCUGCUGCAGCAGGUAACAGCUCGCUACUGCCCAGCUUCCAGGAAACGUACCAGAUCAAGUACAAUCAGUUGGCCAGCUACGGGCUGAAGAUGGACGACGAUUGCUUCAAGAUGGCAACCUCUCCGCACCAUCAUCAGGCUGUCACGGCGGCGUACGCGCAUCACGGUAGCGUGUACGGUCAUGGUCACCAGCACCAUCACCAUCCCCAUGCUGGAGCAGGCGGAGUACUUGGUGGAGUUGGAAUCGUCGGUACAGGACUUCAUCAGAGUCAUUACGAAUUUACAUCACACACAGCUGGUGGACAGGGAGGAGCAACUAGUGGCGGUAUCACGCAGUACAACAACCCGACAGGCCCUCCGGGAAGUGGUGGAGGAGGUGGAGGAGGUGCCACCGGUGGAAGCUUCUACUCACCUUCGUACGAGCAACAUCCAGCAGGCUAUGGUGGACAGGUUGGAGCUCAGGACACAUACUCGUUGCCACCGUUUCCAACGGUUGCUGAACUUCACGUCACCACCACCUGUCACCGACGUUCAUCCCUUCCGAUACAACGCUCGGAAUCGACGUCCAGCAGCGAAAGUCCGAAGCCGCCUCGGAUCGCGAUCUACAACAAGUAUUCGGCACUGCCGAGUGCCUCCAGUUCCGCGUCUAGCUCCCCAGGCUAUAUGAAUAACAACAACCCGAACACGAUCAACAACAAUGAAGUUGCAGCUGCGGCCGCCGCGGCAGCAGCAGCUGCAGCGGCUUCCGGCGGUAUCGUUGGAGCUAAUCCUCCAGCGCCAGUAGUUGCGCCACCUUCCGGAGCAACCGUCUCACGAGCCACUCCAACCACCCAGAGUCCUUCACAGCUGUGCGCAGUGUGUGGUGAUACGGCCGCCUGCCAACAUUACGGUGUGCGCACCUGUGAAGGGUGCAAGGGCUUCUUCAAGCGCACCGUCCAGAAGGGUUCCAAGUACGUCUGCCUAGCGGACAAAGCCUGCCCCGUAGACAAGCGGCGACGAAAUCGGUGUCAGUUUUGUCGCUUCCAGAAAUGUCUUGCCGUCGGCAUGGUAAAGGAAGUCGUCCGUACCGAUUCCCUCAAAGGGCGCCGCGGUCGACUACCCUCCAAACCGAAAUCCCCACAAGAAUCUCCCCCAAGUCCACCGGUGUCGAUGAUAACGGCACUCGUUCGGGCGCACGUUGACACAACGCCCGAUCUGGCCAGCCUCGACUACAGCCAGUACAGGGAACCGGGCCAGAACGAACCGAUCAUUACCGAGGCGGAGAAAGUGCAACAGUUCUACAACCUGCUCACCACGUCGGUGGACGUGAUCAAACACUUUGCCGACAAGCUGCCCGGCUACAACGAUCUCAGCGUCGAGGAUCAGGAGCUGCUGUUCCAGUCGGCGUCGCUCGAGCUGUUCGUGCUGCGGCUCUCGUACCGGGCCCGGAGCGACGACACCAAGAUGACCUUCUGCAACGGUGUCGUACUGCACCGUCACCAGUGCCAGCGAUCGUUCGGCGAUUGGUUGAAUGCGAUACUCGAGUUCAGCAAGAGCCUGCACGCGAUGCAGAUCGACAUCUCCGCGUUUGCGUGCCUGUGUGCGCUUACGCUGGUCACUGAGCGUCACGGACUGCGGGAGCCGAAAAAGGUCGAACAGCUGCAGAUGAAGAUCAUCAGCAGUUUGCGGGAUCACGUCACGUACAACUCGGAGGCGCAGCGCAAACCGCACUACUUUAGCCGGCUGCUCGGCAAGCUGCCCGAGCUUCGUUCGCUCAGCGUCCAGGGCCUGCAGCGGAUAUUCUAUCUCAAGCUGGAAGAUCUCGUACCCGCUCCACCCCUGAUCGAGAACAUGUUUCUCGCCAGCCUGCCCUUCUAA